UACCAUCUGCCGGCCUUGUAAUGGACUAUAUGGACCAUGGACUGCAAGCCUCCAAAGUCAGCAAGCCCAUGUGCGUCAUGUCGUCGUGAUAUAUGAAUUGCUCCUUACUCUGUGACUACCUGAAAGUGUCUCGAGUUCAACUUCUAAGCAUAGAUCUCUGUCUCUACUAAGGAAUGGACGUUUAUUCUUGUAUGUUUUUGGGUGCCAACUUUCUUCUUUUCCUCUCCGGAGUCUCCAGUGCAGCUGAUAUCAUUACUCAAUCCCAGUCCAUCAUUGAGGGCAAUACCUUGAUUUCCAGAGAAGGCGGCUUUGAACUGGGUUUCUUUAGCCUUGGUAGUUCCACCAACCGUUACUUGGGAAUUUGGUACAGGAAUAUCCCAGUUAAAACUGUUGUUUGGGUAGCAAAUAGACGCAAUCCAAUCGAAGACUUUUCUGGUGUGUUGAUGAUAAACAGCACCGGCAACCUUGUUCUUCUCAGCCAGAAUACUAGUGUUGUUUGGUUGGCAAAUUCAACAAAAGAGGCUUCGAGUCCAAUAUUGCAGCUUUUAGAUAAUGGAAAUUUAGUACUGAGAGAUAGGGAAGAAGGAAAUUCAGAGAAUUAUCUGUGGCAAAGCUUUGAUCAUCCUUCAGAUACACUGUUACCAGGGAUGAAGUUUGGGUGGGACUUCAAGACUGGUCUUGACCGGCGUUUAUCCGCUUGGAAGAAUUGGGAUGACCCAUCUCCUGGAGACUUUACCUGGGGAUUAGAACUUACUAAUAACCCUGAAGCAGUCAUGUGGAAGGGCUCCGAGAAGUACUUCAGGAGUGGCCCUUGGAAUGGCCUUCGUUACAGCGGUGCUCCGGAGUUGAGAGACAACCCGGUUUUCGAGUUCAAUUUCGUCAACAAUGAGAACGAGGUAUACUACGAAUACCAUCUUAUAAAUAAAUCGAUAAUAUCAAGAAUAGUUAUGAACCAAACUAACUAUUCCCGUAUACGCUAUAUAUGGAUCGAUGCAACCUCAACUUGGAGCCUGUAUUCAUCUGUGCCAAGAGACAACUGUGAUGACUACAACCUUUGUGGCGCCUAUGGAAAUUGUAUCAUUGGUGAGUCACCAGUCUGUCAAUGUUUACAAGGAUUCCAGUCUAAAUCACAAGAAACAUGGAACCCAAAGGACUGGUCUCAAGGAUGUGUGCGCAUUACUCAACUAAGCUGUCAAGAUAAAGAUAAACAUGGGUUUAUUAAAUUUGUUGGGCUAAAAUUGCCAGAGACUACAAAUUCCUGGGUGAACGAGAGUAUGAAUCUUGAGGAAUGCAGGACCAAAUGCUUGAAUAAUUGUUCCUGUAUGGCUUAUACAAAUUCAGAUAUCAGAGGAGGAGGUAGUGGCUGCGCCCUCUGGUGUGAUGAUCUAAUCGAUAUUAGGCAAGUUUCACUUGGUGGACAGAAUCUAUAUGUUAGAAUGCCUGCUUCAGAGUUAGAGGCGAAAGACGAGCAUAAGACAAAGGUGAUAGUAAUAUCUGUACUCGUUCCUGCCAUUGUUUCUGCAAUGCUCUUCAUGGCCUGUUUCCUGUGCAAAUGGAGGACAAAGUUCAGAGAAAUUGUUGAGAGAAAUUUGAUCAUAAAUCAGCACGUUGAAGGCCGAUAUGAAGACCUGGAGCUCCCCCUCUUCAACAUGGUGACAAUAACUAAAGCCACUAACAACUUUUCAAGCAAUAACAAGCUUGGGGAAGGUGGUUUUGGAGCUGUAUACAAGGGUACACUGGUAGAUGGACAGGAAAUUGCCGUGAAGAGGCUUUCAGAGAGUUCUGGACAAGGAUUGAAUGAGUUCAAAACUGAAGUUAUAUUGAUUGCCAAGCUCCAGCACCGAAAUCUUGUUAGGCUUCUUGGUUGUUGCAUUCAAGGGGAGGAGAAAAUGCUAAUCUAUGAACACAUGACCAACAAAAGCCUGGACACCUUCAUUUUCGAUCAAGCAAGAGGUAAAGUCCUAGACUGGUCCAAGCGCUUCCACAUAAUCUGUGGCGUAGCUCGGGGGCUUCUUUAUCUUCAUGAAGAUUCCAGAUUGAGGAUUAUACAUAGAGAUCUCAAAGCAAGUAACGUCUUACUUGAUGGUGAGAUGAACCCAAAAAUUUCGGACUUUGGCAUAGCUAGAACCUUUAGAGGAGAUCAGACCCAAGGAAAGACAAACCGAGUGAUUGGAACUUAUGGUUAUAUGGCACCUGAGUAUGCCAUUGAUGGGUUUUUCUCAGUAAAAUCUGAUGUCUUUAGCUUUGGAAUAUUAUUGAUGGAGAUAGUAAGUGGAAAGAAGAACCGCGCGUAUUACCUUCCGGGCCAGAGUCUUAAUCUUAUUGGACAUGCAUGGAAUCUGUGGAGAGAAGGCAGGCCUUUAGAGCUGGUUGAUACUUGCUUAAGAGACUCUUGCAGUUUAUCAGAUCAGAUGCUGCGGUGCAUCCAAAUCAGUCUCGUAUGUGUACAACAGCAUCCUGAGGAUAGGCCCAGCAUGUCGUCUGUGGUUAUGAUGUUGAGCGGUGAGAGUUUAUUGCCUGAACCUAAAGAACCAGGUUUCUUAGCAAGGAAAAAUCCCACUGAUGCAGAUUCUUCAUCGAGCAAGCAUCAAUCUUCGACCAACGAGAUAACUCUUACACUGUUAGAGGCUCGAUAGCGGAUAGAGAACCAUAUAUGCAUGCCAGUAUUUGUAUUGCAUGUAGUGUGUCCUAGUGUACAUUCUGUAAACUAGCUAGCUAGGCGUAGACCAAAAUUUUUAAACAGAAAUAACUUUCAUAUAAAAUUGCUUGAAAUA